AUGCCGGGACACGGGCUAAUGCCGAGCCACGAAAAUAGCACCUGGUCAGACUCCGAAGCGAACGAGCAGCAAGACUACCAAGACGCACUUCGCCCAGCGCCUACUACGAAAUCAACGACUGGCAAAUUGUCUGAAUUCUACAAGGGCAUCAAGAGCAAGGCCGUGCCGACCCGGGAGGACUCUCUAAAGCGCUCAAGGGCACCAUCGAGACUUGGUGCUUUGAAAGCAUUUGGUUCCAACUCCAAUGAGAGUACAGCCACCCUCACACCGACCAACGACAACCAAGUAGAGACGCCUAUAGUCUUCACAACGCCAAUAUUUUCCGGUCCGAGCAAUUCUUCGCAUCAUGCCCGGAAUUUGAGUUUACAGAACAGUCUUGAAAAGCCGCUGCCAACCACGCCGGACCCGUCUCUUUUAAGCCCACUGACCCCCACUGGAACGGCAAAGGAAGGCCGGCAGGGAAGCUUCGCGGGAUUCGAUAGUAGGAAAGGCAGCAUAGCGGGAAGCUCAUUGAGCUCCCUCGGAAGAGAAAGCAGGCAGGGAAGCUUGAGUUCCGUGGUCGAAAUUACACACGACAUUAAGAGAUUCAGGCAAGGCAGUUUAUACUCUAUUCUAGACGACGAAACCGAGUCGGAGUCGGAGAUGGACAGCCGAACCAGCACAAUGGACUCAAAGUCCAUGCCUCCCCCAACUAUGGGCAACCAGUCGUACGGCGGAAACUUUGACAGGAGUAACAGCCAGGCCAGCAUAGCGAGUUCUGCAAGGGAUGCUGGAGAAGGACAGAGAGACAACCUUACGCCGCGAAGCAAUGGACAGGCUUCCGCAGGGCCAUCACCACCGGCAGCUGCGACUACUAGUCGGGCGCCUGCGGCAGGCCAACCUGUUGGCACACCUUCAACAUCAUCCUCGUCAUCGCACCUAUCGGGCUUGAUGUGCAAUGUUCACCGCACAACUGGACGGGAACCUCAUCCUCUAGUAGGUGCCACCACAACAAUUCUCGGAGACAAGCUCUACGUCUUUGGUGGCAAGAUUUUGUCUAGAAGCCGACCUGCCCCCUUGACCUCGGACUUGUACGAGUUGGAUUUGAUAAGGAGACGGUGGACCAAGCUGGAAACAACCGGUGACAUUCCACCUCCACGAUACUUUCACUCGAUGUGUGCUUUGGGCGACACCAAGAUGGUAUGCUACGGAGGCAUGUCUCCGACACCGAGCCAGCCACCCCCCACGAAUCCAGAGCAACUGCCAGAGGUGGUAGUCAUGUCGGAUAUCUACAUCUACGAUGUUCCCACCAAGAAGUGGACUUUUGUUCCGACACAGGACGCACCGCAAGGUAGAUACGCUCACUGUGCUUGUAUAUUACCAUCUUCAGCCACAUUCUCCUCCAACAAGGCGCCUUUAUCAGCACUUCAACAUAACCCAUCCGGUGGAAACCCCAACGAGGGACGUAUCGGCAUCAACAUCGAUGGUGCCGGCGGUGCUGAGAUGGUUGUCGUGGGUGGCCAAGACGGAGCAAACCAUUACAUUGAGCAGAUCAGCGUUUUUAAUCUUCGAAGUCUGAAAUGGACUUCAACGGAAACCCAUGGCAAAUCCUGUGGAGCAUACCGCAGUGUGGUGGCACCAUUGCCCCCAUCCGUGACAGCUAAGAUUGGCAAGGCCAAUGCGCUCGGCGUGCGGCAAGAAGGGGGAAUCAGCCAAGAAGCCAGAGAGCCUGGCUCUUCCAUGCUCAUUUAUUCCAACUAUAACUUUUUGGAUGUGAAGCUGGAGCUGCAAAUCAGAGGCUCGGACGGAUCCUUGGCCGAGAAGCCAAUGUCUGGAACAUAUUCACCCCCAGGUCUUCGAUUCCCCAACGGAGGCGUCAUUGAUACCUACUUUGUUGUCAGCGGCACAUAUCUCACAAGCUCUAAGCAAGAAUAUGCUUUAUGGGCCCUGGACCUCAAGAAUCUAACUUGGGCGCGCAUCGACGCAGGAGGUAGCAUAUUCAGCCAAGGAAGCUGGAACCGAGGUGUGCUUUGGAAUCGCAGAAACACUUUCGUCAUCCUGGGUAAUCGUAAGCGUAGCUUGGUAGACGACUACAACCACCGACGCAUCAACUUUUCAAACGUCUGCAUGGUUGAACUGGAGGCGUUUGGCUUCUACGACAAUCCCAGAAGGGUUUCACCCAUGUCUGGAUUUGCGUCUGCAAGUAGCCCAUACAACAUGCCAGGACUCAGCAUCGCACGGAAAGCAGGCUGGACCGGUGGAGGCAGAUUCCACUCUCGGGCAGCCGAGGAGCUUGGCGAGAAAGCUUUGGCCCUCCGCGAGCUGGCAGACAUGGACAUCCUUUGCAUUGGAGGAGAGCGCAUUCCCAUCAACUCCCGCAUCGUUGGUCGUAGAUGGGGUCCCUACUUUGUACAACUUCUUCGCGAAGGUGCAGCUACUCAGGAUGGCAGUGAUUCAGCAACGCUAAGAACCGCCACAUCUGGUGGUGCCGGUGCACGAAUGUCGGUGUUGACCAUUACCCCAGCACAAGGCAAUCGUAGCACAACGGACAGUACAUUCUCGAUGGGUUCGAGUUUUGGUAACUCAUCAGCGAGCUCUCAGAAACCACCCAGCACUGCUGGCACCUCUGUAUCGGGGAGCUCUGGGGAUAUAACCACUAUCAACUCGGCACCUACACCCGCUUCUCUGCCGCCUAGUAUUCGACCUAGGUGCCUCUAUCUGCCACACACUUAUCUGACGAUACAAGCACUGUUGCAUUUCAUAUAUACAUCAUCGCUGCCAUCGCCGCAGUCCCCCUUGUGCACACCGCAGAUCCUGUGCUCAUUGCUACAGAUCGCCCGCCCUUACAAGGUAGACGGACUGCUAGAAGCCGUGGUUGAGAGGUUGCACACUUUGCUCGAUUCGCGCAAUGCGGCUGCAGUAUUUAAUGCAACUGCUAUGGCUGCCGGUGGAGGAAGAGGCAUUGACGGUACCCUGAAUCCCAAUUUCUUUGCGCCCGCUGAUUCAUCUCUGACCAGCAAUGGUCGGGAUGAACGUAGUGGUUCCAUUUCGCAAGCUAGCUUGGAUGAGGCAGCCAGUGGAGUGGGCGGAUUGCAGCUCAACACGGGUGUGCCAGCUGCUCGUCCAGGAAGCGAAGAGCUAAGCGCAUCUACUAGCGUCAGCGGUAGUGAGUGGAGUAGUGAGCUUGGUGAUAGUGAGCGCGGCACAACUGGAGAAGUUUGGAGUGGCGAGUUGAGCAGUGUCAUUGGCCUGCAAAAGCGCGGUCUUCGGGGGUUGAUGGAGGGACGGAGGAUGCGCGCAAACGUGGAUCGGAACCGCGAGACCGAUAAUUCAAGGGCAGAUCGGUACGGCUCGAGGGUCGGCCUUGGCAUUGCUGGUUCAUAG